GAUGCCUACUAAGGAAAAAGUAAAUAUUAUACUUCUUUUAGUCCAGACCUUUCGAAAUUUCUAAAAUAAAAUUAACACUAUAAAUGAAGCAAUAGAUGCAGGAAUUAAAUCUAGCAAAUUAUUGCUCAUAAAAGGUAUGAUAUUAUUACCUUUAGGUGAUUUANCCACUCGGAUUAGGAAAUAAUAGGAAUUUGUCUUAAUCCAAGUUGUAAAUAAACUCGUUAAUAUUGCUAUAAAUGCUUAAUGGAUAACUAAUUACAUCAGAAUUGUAGGAAUAAUUUUCAGAAAAUUAAUUAGAUUGAAGAAGUCAUUUAAACCAAAUUAAAUUACUUAGAAUAUCUUUAAUAUUAAUUGAGUUAGAAAUUAAAAGUAUUAGAAAAGGCUUGGCUUAAUUGGAUGACUGAACUUCAAUAGGAAUAAGCAAAAAUAGUGAAAAUCCUGGAGAGUUUAAAAAAUCAUAACUUUUUCUUACUUAAAUAAAAUCUACCCUCAGUAAUCUAAUUUUUUUUGAGUUUAUAAAAUGACAAUAAUCACAACAAAUUUUAAAAAGGUAGACAAUAGAAUAAAAAUUUUAGGGUUAAGAUUAGCAAAAUCCUGUGACUUAUUGAAUGCUAUCAAAAUAUUUGAUGAAAUUCUUAAAAAUGAUGAGAAAUAUCCAGAUUGCUAUUAUUAAAAAGGUUUUAUAUAAUGAUAAAUUAGGUUUGGCCUUGAUGAAGAUAGAUAAAAAAAGGUAAGAUUAUUUGUAAAAGUCUGUCGAGUGUUUUCGAAAAGCUAUUGAAAUGAAUAAGUUUCACUUUGAUGCCUAUAAAAAUUAAGGUUUUAUUCAAUUAUUUUUAGCUAGGGAUUUGUCUUUUUUAAUUGGAAUAAUAUGAUUAGGCAUUAAAGUGCUUCACUUCUGCAAUCACUUAUGGAAUUUAUGACAAAGAGUGUUUGCUUUACAAAGGUUACUUUUAUUUAAUUGAUAGCUAAAAUUUUACAAAAAAAAGACGAAAACUUCGAAGCCUGCAAUAUUUUGGACAAAAUAAUAAAUUAGGAUAGUCAAGAUUUAGAACCAUACUUUUACAAAGGUGUCUAUCUUAUAUAGGUUGAGGUUUAUCCUUAUAUCAUUUAAAAGAGUAUGAUAAGGCAUAGAGAUGUUUUGAUAAAGCUAUUAGUCUUGAUCCAAAUUAUGUUUAAGCAUAUCUCUUAUAGGGUAGUUUGAAUUUUAAAUCUUAGGUUAUUUGUUGCUUGAGUUAGAAAAAUUAGAUGAUGCUAGAGAUUACUUUGAUAAGGUGAUUGAAAUAGAUCCUUAGAAUUUAGAUGCCUACUAAGGAAAAAGUAAAUAUUAUACUUCUUUUAGUCCAGACCUUUCGAAAUUUCUAAAAUAAAAUUAACACUAUAAAUGAAGCAAUAGAUGCAGGAAUUAAAUCUAGCAAAUUAUUGCUCAUAAAAGGUAUGAUAUUAUUACCUUUAGGUGAUUUAUUACAAAAUGAAAGAAAUUACGAAAAGGCUAUUGAAUAAUAUAAUAUGUUGAUAGAUGGUCAACUUUCUACAUAUGAAUAAGCUGUGCUUUAUUUUAAAAAAGGAAAGUAUUUGACUUAUUAACUUUUAGGCUUUUCUUUAUAUAAAAUGAAAAGAUUUGAAGAAGCAAAAUAAUAUUUUAUUAAAGCAAUAAAUAUUUAAUCUCACAAAAUUGAACCAUUAAUUUAUUUAGGUUAUUCAUUAUAAAGGAUGUCUUAACAUUAAGAAGCAAUAAAAUAUUUUGAUGAGGUCAUAAACAAAGGUGUCUAGAACGAAUAUAUCUAUUAUAAAAAAGGUUGAUUUUACAUAUUACAAUUUUAGGAAAAUCGCUACAUCUUUUAGGAUUCCAAAUUCAGGCUAUAUCGUGUUUUGAUUAAGCCAUAAUGAAAUGUGAAAAGUUUGCAAAAGCCCAUGAAUUAAAAAGUAACACAUUAUAAAUGAUUUUGUAUAAAAUAGGUAUAUCCUUAAAACUUUUGGGAAAAACAACUGAAGGAAGCAAAUGUCUUGAAAUAGCAAAUAAAUUAUCCCAAGAAUCAACUACAAAAAUUACACAAGGCUCCUUAUUUUCGACAACUGAAACAUAUCCAAUGGGUAGUUUUCUCAAAAGAAAAUAUUGAGUCAAAUUUAAAUAUUAAUAAUAUUGAUGUUAUUCC